GAAGCAGCUGAGUGGAGGUGAGUGAGUGAAACUGAAACCAUGUGUACACAGCUGUAGGAUCAGUAAGGGGACGGAGGUGAGCUACACUUGGAAGCAUAAAUAUAACAAAGCAAUAAAGUCCUGGCGCCAAGCACCCCAGUUGCUAAGUAACGCUGUUAAACAAGAGGAACCUUGACUCUCUGUGUUUGGUGUAGGAGGGCGAGGGAUAGGGUGAUAAACACAAACUGUGCAUUCCUGAUCUCUACUCUUGACUUCGGAACAACACAGGGUGAGAGGCUUUGAGCUGAAUGUCCGGUUUGCAGAAGCUAUAGCUGUUGGUGUGUUUUCAAAACUGAAGACAACUUGAAUCUCAUUGAUCAAAGAAAAAAAGAAGAUACAAUAUGUACCAUGCCCAAAAAGAAGGCAGCCAAAGGGACAAAGCUGACCCUCAAAGUUGCCAAAAAGCUAAUACGGAUGACCCCGGAUGGACGGCGGAGACUUACCCUUAGCAACAUGGGUAUAACUAUUUUCCCAAAGUGCCUCUUUAAACUGACCAACCUGGACGAAUUGGACCUCAGCCGCAACUUGAUACAGAAACUCCCAGAUAACAUUGGGAAUUUCUCAUCUCUAAGAUUGCUCGAUCUGCACAGCAACAAGCUUGAGGCUUUGCCAGAGUCCAUCGGCGACCUGGUGGGACUGACACACCUCAACCUCUCAAACAACCACCUGAUCUCUGCAGGUCUACCCUCAACUUUGGGUUGUCUCACCAGCCUGAAAAUACUCAAUCUGGGGAUGAACCAGCUGGACACCCUCCCUCUCAACAUGGGGGCUCUAGAUAGUCUGAAAGAAUUAGGUCUGUUUGAUAAUCUUUUCACUAAUCUACCAAAGUUUGUGAGAGGGCUACGCAACCUCACAAAGCUGAACAUGAAACGCAAUCCUCUAUCGUGUGUUCAGGGGGAUGGUGAGGCGAUGCAGAAGGAAAACUCAGAACCAGAGGAAGAUAUGUAUCUAGUUCAUGAGAGCAGCCUGUGUAGGACAUGCCUUAAGAGAUGUAAAUACCAGGAAGAAAGGCUUACGAGAGGAGGAGGAGGAGGUGAUGCAUUUGAGGAAAAAAGGAUAAGAACUUAUAAAGGACUGCUAGUUCCAAACUCAGUGGCUACAGUCCAUCAGGAUGUGUGGAGAAUAAGAAAGGUGGAACACAUGCAAAUCAAAUGACCAACAGCAUCAUACAAUUCAUCUUAACAAAUCUCACAUUCAGGCAGCUUUAAUAGUUAUGCAUAAUAUCUUACUUUGCAUCAUAAUGACAAUCUUUUCAUGUAUUAAUUUCAUUUCUGAAAUAAAAAGAGACGUGUGACUGACUUGGAUU